ACAUAGCUCCACUUCUGGUGCAACCACUUCUUCACAAGUGCUCUUACAGGAGUGCUAAUCUCUUGAAAGACCUGUUUUGCAACCCAGACAGUCUGUUUGUUUCUACUCACUUUGUGCAGAGCUCAUUAGAUUUUUCCCAAGACGUUUCUUUGGCAAUGGCUUUGGUGACAGAGCUUCUGCUGCAGCCUAUCACUGCAGGCAUAUUGCUUGGUGUUGUAUUAAUGUCGCUGCUGGUUGUUUAUCUUCUUUCAUCUGACUCUCAACAAGCAUGGAAGGAACCUCCAGGUCCCAAACCGCUGCCUAUCCUGGGAAACCUACUAGAGCUUGACCUCAAGAGACCCUACCUCAGUCUCCUUUCAAUGUCAAAACAAUAUGGAUCCAUAUUCACUGUGUAUUUUGGUCCAAAGAAAGUGGUUGUUUUGGCAGGAUAUCAAACUGUCAAGCAAGCCCUGGUGAAUCAUGCAGAGGAGUUUGGAGACAGAGACAUCACUCCCAUAUUCCAUGAUUUCAACCAAGGAUACGGACUUCUGUUUUCCAAUGGGGAGAACUGGAAAGAAAUGAGGCGCUUUUCUCUCUCCACCCUUCGAGACUUUGGGAUGGGCAAAAGAGGGAGUGAAGAGAAAAUCAUAGAAGAGACGCGUUACUUGAGAGAAGUGUUUGAGCAGUUUAAAGGAAACCCGUUUGAUACCACACAGCCAGUGAAUUAUGCCGUUUCAAAUAUCAUCUCAGCCAUUGUGUAUGGAAGCAGGUUUGAAUACAGUGAUCCUCUGUUCAAAGACAUGGUAAACCAGGCCAACAAACGCAUCAAGCUUUCUGGCUCAGCUUCUAUACAGCUGUACAACAUGUUUCCCUGGCUUCGUUCCUGCCUAAAGAACUGGAAACUCAUCAUGAGAAACCAUGAGCAAAAUAUCAAGGAAGUAUACAAACUUGUGGAUGGUUUGCAGAAGACACUGAAUCCUCAGGACUGCAGAGGCCUGGUCGAUUGUUUUCUUGUACGCCAACAGAAUGCGGAGAAAUGUGGAGAGAAGAACACCCCAUUCCAUGAAAAGAAUCUCCUUUUCACCAUUGCCAAUCUGUUUGCUGCUGGUACUGACACAACUGGCACAACCCUGCGCUGGGGUCUUCUCCUAAUGGCCAAGUAUCCUCAUGUACAGGACCAGGUCCAGGAGGAGAUUGACAAGGUGAUUGGAGGUCAUCAGAUAGUGAUGGAGGACAAGAAGAACUUGCCUUACACUGAUGCAGUGAUCCAUGAAAUCCAGAGACUGGCCAACAUAGUGCCCAUGAGUCUCCCUCACACCACUGCUUGUGAUGUUCACUUUCAGGGAUUCUUCAUCAAGAAGGGUACAUGUGUGUUCCCACUAUUGACAUCUGUGUUGAGGGAUGAGAAUGAGUGGGAGAGCCCCAGCACCUUCAACCCAGAACACUUCCUUGAUGAGCAGGGACGAUUUGUCAAGAGAAAUGCCUUCAUGCCAUUUUCUGCAGGGCGCAGGGUGUGUGUGGGAGAGAGUCUGGCCAGGAUGGAGCUCUUCCUCUUCUUCACCUCCCUCCUGCAACACUUCCGCUUCACUCCUCCACCAGGCGUGUCUGAGGAUCAGCUGGACCUCACUCCAGCUGUGGGCUUCACACUGAACCCCUCCCCUCACAAGCUGUGUGCAAUUAGCCGCAGUGUUUAAAGCAGUGGUGGCAAACUAUGAUUCUGGAGGGCUGGUGUCUAGCCCAGUUUGGUGAUUUUCCUGCUAUUAAUGUACCUACUCAACCUGGCAGUUAGAUGCUGAGUUCAGGUUUGUUUGAGUAGUAGAAUCAUCAAACUGUACAGUUCUCCAGCCCUCCAAGACUAGAGUUCACCACUCCUGGCUUAGAAAGACACUCUAGCCAAAAAGAAUAAUGUAACCAUCACUACAUACAUUCUGAACAUUCCUGCUUAUCUCUUACAAAGGUGUCGCAAUACUUUCUAAAGCAAGAAUUUUGUGUUUGAAAGGUAUAACCUGAAGGUGGCUGGUACAGACUUUACAAGUACAUAGUGACUAUAUGAAAAGUAUCAGGUAUAUACAACAGUACCUUACUCAGAAUCUAAUGUCAAACAUGUACUUUCUCUUUAAUGUCAAACAUGUAGUACUUAUAAGUAAUAUUUGGUGCAUAAUUUUCAAGUUCAACAUUUAAGUACAUUGCACCUAAUGUGAGAAAUACCAGGCAUAUUUCAGCUAUUGAUUGCGUUUUAGUAAUUACAUGCAUAUAUGACAGAGAAGUACAACAUAAGAGAAACUUAAGAGUAAUUUAUUCCAUAUGGCUUGGUACAUUUAGUGAUAAGGUGUCUGUAAUACUAUUGUAAUAUUAUGGAAAGAGAACUGUAAAAUACCUGUACCUUUGCACAUGGAAUGGUUAGUGUCUAUAUCGUAGUGUGAAAUAUGAAUGACUGAAACAAAAACACACACACAGGAAAAAUGGAAAUAUAUAAGUAUAUUUAAGGCACUUGCUAUUUUAAAUGGCAGUUCUACCAUGCCCAAGCAAUUCUGAAUGGAAAAUGCCUGUCACAUUUGCAUCACAUUGUGCAAUGCUGCCUUAUAAUAUGCUACCACCUGAACCAAUCUUAGCUAGCUUGCUACCUGGCUAACAUUUUUAUAUAAUGUUAAUUUUGGGUGCUUACAGUAGACAGUGCCUUACAAAAGGAGGAGAAUUAAACAGAGAGUGAAAGAGCUAAAGAAGUCAGCUAAGGCGAUCUCAACUUAGCAGAGCUGGAUUCAAGCAUUAUGUUAGAAAGGUCAAGCAACAAUUUCCUACAUAAUGAAUUUAAUAUGAAGUAGGCCUAUGUUCUCAGAAGCAUUUUUUUAGUUGAAAGUAGGCUAAUGACUAACUAAAAACAACUGAUGAUAAAUACACAGUAUAUUAUAUCUGUACAUAGUAGUAUUGUGAAUGAGCUUCAUGUUUACCAAUGUUAAGGAGCAUUGCUUUUCUGUAGGGUGGUAGGAUGGUAAGGCCAGAAAAUAUGUUCAUGAAAUCCUAUAUGACAUUUGGUAAUGCUCUGUAUUCUAGUACAUAUUUUUACAUACAAAACAAGAUUCCUGAGCUUUACUAGAAAGAGUCAAGCUACUGAUGGCAUCAUGUCCAUGAAAAUUCAGUUGGCUACACUGAAGUGAGAUGUAAAAGUUGACGAUUAAGUUUGACGUUCAGAAUUUAAGUGAUCAGAACUGUUGAACUGUAUAUUUAAGGCACUUGCUAUUUUAAAUGGCAGUUCUACCAUGCCCAAGCAAUUCUGAAUGGAAAAUGCUAUGGACAAUGGUAUUUUUGAUUCUAAUAAUUCAAUUUAAGAUGAGGCACAAUCACAAGGCCAGAGAGUAAGAAAGAGCCUGUCUGAGCCUGUCUCACAUCAGACAGGUACAUAUGAGGGUGGCAAUGGCUGAGAGUGAGAGAAGUACUACAAAAAGGCCGUGCAAGUAAUAGUGGGGUAAAGAGAAUGAUAGAUUCGAAUUCUCUGCUGAGCCUGCACAUACUCUAACAGUGUGAUUAAGAGAGAGCUCUUGCCUCAAGCACAACAAUAAUAAUGCUUCAUUAUUUGAACACCUAUCAACAAUAAUAUCUUAAAAAUUCCAUCAAUUAAAAUUGAUUUGUUGUUAGGUAAAUGACCAUAUUCUACAAUAUAAACCUAAAAUUGGGGGAGUGGGGGUGCCCUUUUUUAAAGUUAGAGCAACAGCCCCUCAAAGUGUCAGUGCACAUCUCUGGUAAGGAAUAAGGUGACAGUGCUUCAUGCUGCCCUCCAGGUUCAGUUUCCAUUUCCCAAAGCUAUAGCUGACCGUGCUAAUGUUAUUCAUCCUGAUGAACAACCACACGUUCAACUCUGCUUGUCUUAAUUCACCACCAUCACUGUAACAUUAAAUUUGACAAGUUUUUAUCAAUGUUAUCACACGAAGGUCAUAAACACCUUAACAUGGUGCCCUUAAAUUUGUUUAUUUGUGGUUAAUAGUUAUUUCAUAAACACUUCCAGUUGUUUACUGGUCUUACUUUGUUUCCUCUAUCAGCAUUCAUAAACCAUUUAUAAGGGUAGUCUUAUUCUAAAAUACCUUUAAGUUACAUGUUAAACUUGCAAAGUAUGUACCAAGCAUUGUGCCAGAUAUGUGCCAGAUAAUUACUACAUUUUUAACUAUUAAUAAACUAUUAUUAUUAACUAUUUAUUAAGUACCCUAAAAUAAGUGUUACCAGAAAAAAACACUUCGGGAAGUUGAAUAUCAUAUUUCUAUGUUUUAGCCUCUACAUCAGUGGCUAUGCUAAGAAUGAUGAUUUCUUCAUUUUCCCUAUUGGUCGUCAAGUUGGAUGCAUGCCAUUAGAAAUUAGAAUUUUUAACUCAAAAAUCUGAAUUGUAAUGUGAUUAUUUUGUAUCUGUAUCAUACCAUCUGAAAUCGAAUUCUAAACUGAAAUUGAAUUUUUGAAGAGAGCAAAAUAAAAUCUGAAACUUAGUUUUAAGGUUGACAGUGCAAUUUAAGCACUCUACUAAUUGACAUUUUUAAUUCACUUUAUAAAAAAAUAUGGAUGUCUUGCAAAA